AUGGCCGUCACCACACACGAGGCUACGUCUGCCUCUGGCACCGAAUCCGAAUCAACAGCCCAUCAAACGAGCAGUAACAACAACAACUCUAGCAAUAACAAGAAGAAUACAAAGACACGCAGAAAGAAGAAGAAGGGCCCCGCCACCACUAGCACAGUCAAUGGAAGCCAUGUCGCUAAGGAUGACGAAGAGGAGCCCAAAGAGAAGCUGGAUGUGGAGGUUGAGUGGGUGGUAGAGAAGCCUAUGGAGCUCCCUCCUGGCUUUGAGCAGUUCCAGGAUGUGUUUAAGCACUUUCAAGUCCAGGACGUCGAAGCAGAGGAAAAGGCAGAGGGCGGUGACAAGGAGAAGGACACAGGGGAUGCAGAGAAAAAGCCAGAUGCCUCAGGAUCAGAUUCAGAGGACGACGCAGAUAAGGAGGCGGCCAGUAAAAAGAAGCUUAAGCGACUGAACAGGAUGAGUGUCGCCGUGCUGAAACAGAUGGCCAAGCACCCAGAGGUUGUCGAAUGGAUCGACGUCACUUCUUCAGACCCCAACCUCUUGGUUCAGUUGAAGGGAUACCGCAACACCGUCCCCGUCCCCACUCAUUGGAGCCAGAAGCGCAAGUACCUUCAGGGCAAGCGUGGUAUCGAGAAGUUGCCAUUUGAGCUCCCCGAGUUUAUCAAGGAUACAGGAAUCAUGGAGCUCAGAAACGCUGUCAAGGAAAAGGAGGAUGCCUCCAAGCUGAAGACAAAGACCAGGGAGCGUGUUCAACCCAAGAUGGGCAAGAUCGAGAUCGACUAUCAAAAACUCCACGAUGCCUUCUUCCGUUAUCAGACUCGUCCCCGUCUCUCCAUGCACGGAGAAUUAUAUCAUGAGGGCAAGGAGUUUGACACAAAGGCCAAGGAGGUCAAGCCCGGCAACCUUUCGGAGGAUCUAAUUGCAGCACUGUCUAUCCCGCCACUUGCUCCACCACCAUGGCUAAUUAACAUGCAGCGUUACGGACCUCCUCCAGGAUACAAGAAUCUCAAGAUCCCAGGAUUGAACGCACCAAUUCCUGAGGGCGCUCGGUGGGGAUACCACCCUGGUGGAUGGGGUAAACCCCCUGUGGACGAGUUCAACCGACCCCUCUAUGGUGACGUCUUUGGAUCAUCACAGCCUGAAGUCCAGUCCGAGUACUUGGAGCCUGUCGAGAAGACGCUAUGGGGAGAGCUGGAUCCUUCGGAUGAUGAAGAGGAAGAGGAGGACGAGGAAGAGGAAGAAGAGGAAGAAGAGGAUGUAGAGGAGGGUGACGAGGAUGAGAUUCAGGAGGGUCUUGUCACACCUAGUGGGAUGCAGUCGGUCGCCAGCGGUUUGGAGACACCCGAAUUUAUCGAGCUUCGUAAGGAGACACGGAGGACGGCGGAGGACGAGGACGAUGGUGCACCCAAGUCGUUGUACACUGUCAUUCCUCAACGACAGACCAACAUUACUGGAUUUAUGGGAUCUCAGCACGUUUAUGAUCUGACCUCCGCACAAGCCUCUUCUUCAUCAUCUUCCAAGAAACGCAAGAAUAUGGAUGGUGUGGAUGUGGCGCUGGAUCCUUCAGAGCUGGCGGACAUGGACUCGGAAACGUUGCAGGAGAAGUACGAGCAUGGUCUGCAGGCAUCAAGACCUGAAUCUGAGCGUGAGGAUAUGAGCGAUCUUAUGAAUGAGCAUUACGCGAAGCAGGCAAAGAAGACCAAGCAGGCCAAGCACAAGAAGGCAGCCAAGGAUGACGACAAAAACAUCUUCUAA